UACCCGACUCCGCUUCCAGCAACAAUAAACGGCCGUGUUCAAAGUUUAAACCCCUCCAAAUCGAAGGAAAAAAAAAAACAAUAUCUCCACAGCGGCCGCGAGCAAAAGCUUUGCGCUAGUAAUAAGCCUCCGUCCUCCCGCAAAACCAGAACCCGAACCCCCCUCUUCCCCUCCACUCCGCUCCCCUCUCCGCCGAUCCGGUUUCCCCGCGCCCUGUCAGGAAUCCCAUCUCAAUUCCGCCGUUGUUUCGGCGAUCAAGCUCUGCCCUGUUGCCGGAGGUUUUGGUGUUGAUUGGAGUGUCGGCUCGGUUCGGAUCCUGGCCUGUGAUUGAAGUGUCGGUGCGGGUCAGGGGCGUUGGCGCGGGCGCGGCGGCCAUCGAUGAGGCGGCGGUCGGUCCUGCCGACCCACCAGGACGACAUGGAGAAGGAAGGCGGGAAGCCGCCGCCGUCGCGCCUAUGCUUCCUCGCCAUGCUCUGUGCCACGUUCUGGGUCCUCAUCUUUUACUUCCACUUCGUCGUCAUCGGCAACGAGCCCGACGCCUCCACGGCGCGGACCGCCGCCGCCGCCGAAGUCCUCAUUGCACAUGCCGACCUUCCAUUUCCCGUACCUGACGGCGUCUCCCGCCCCGACAUUCCACUCGCUCCGCUCGCCCUCGUCUCCUCGGAGCCUCCGCCUUCUGUGGCGCGCCCAAAGGAGGAAGAGGCCACGGCCGGAGUCCACCAGGAGGCGCCGCCCAAGGUGGUGGCGUCUUACCCGUUCGAGCGGGCGCUCAAGACGGCGGAAAACAAGAACGACCCGUGCGGCGGCCGGUACAUCUACGUGCACGAGCUGCCGCCGCGGUUCAACGACGACAUGCUCCGAGACUGCAAGAGGCUGAGCGUGUGGACCAACAUGUGCAGGUUCAUGAGCAACGACGGGCUUGGGCCGCCGUUGGGCAACGAGGAGGGGGUGUUCUCUAACACCGGUUGGUAUGGCACCAACCAAUUUUCCGUCGAUGUGAUCUUCGCCAACCGGAUGAAACAGUACGAGUGCCUGACCAAGGACUCAUCCAUUGCCGCCGCGGUGUUCGUGCCGUUCUAUGCUGGGUUUGAUGUGGCAAGGUAUCUCUGGGGGUAUAAUAUUUCGACAAGGGAUGCCGGGUCGCUGGAUUUGGUGGAUUGGCUGAUGAAGAGGCCUGAGUGGAAUGUGAUGGGUGGGCGCGACCAUUUUUUGGUCGGAGGGAGGAUCACUUGGGAUUUCAGAAGGUUGACAGAGGAAGACUCUGAUUGGGGCAACAAGCUGCUUUUCAUGCCGGCUGCGAAGAACAUGUCGAUGCUCGUGGUGGAGUCGAGCCCGUGGAAUGCCAAUGAUUUCGGAAUACCUUAUCCUACAUACUUCCAUCCUGCCAAGGAUGCUGAUGUUUUCCUUUGGCAGGAUAGAAUGAGGAGCUUGGAGCGCCCAUGGCUCUUCUCGUUUGCAGGCGCUCCGCGUCCUGGUGAUCCAAAGUCCAUCAGAGGGCAGCUUAUCAAUCAAUGCAGGAGCUCAAGUGUCUGUAAAUUAUUGGAGUGUGACCUUGGGGAGAGCAAGUGCCACUCCCCAGGCACAAUCAUGAAGAUGUUCCAGAGCUCUUUGUUUUGCUUGCAGCCCCAGGGUGAUUCCUAUACGAGAAGAUCUGCCUUCGACUCGAUGCUGGCUGGUUGCAUACCUGUUUUCUUCCAUCCUGGUUCAGCGUACGUCCAAUAUACAUGGCAUCUUCCAAAGAACUAUACUAGAUACUCUGUCUUCAUUCCCGAAGAUGACGUCCGUACCAGAAAUAUCAGCAUUGAGGAGAGGCUAAAAAGUAUUCACCCAGAUAUGGCCAAGAAGAUGAGGGAAGAGGUCAUCAAUCUGAUACCAAGGAUUAUAUAUGCUGAUCCAAGGGAAAAACUGGAAACCCUGAAAGAUGCAUUUGAUGUUUCUGUAGAAGCCAUCAUUAACAAAGUGACAAAGUUGAGAAGAGAUAUCAUCGCAGACCGUGAAGAUAAAGAUUUUAUUGAAAAGAAUAGUUGGAAAUAUGAUCUCUUAGAAGAUGGGCAACGGACAAUUGGACCUCACGAAUGGGAUCCAUUCUUCUCGAAGCCCAAGGACAAAGGUGGAAAUUAUAGUAGUUCAUCUGCUGAAGCUGCCAAGAAUUCUUGGAGAAGUGAACAAAGAGUUCAGAACUAAACCACAAGUUAGUUUAUCUUGGAGAUGAGAUCAGGGGAGCAGAGGUAGCUAUCCUCUCUAAAGGUGCUCUAAUGCAGAUGCGUUGCACAUGGGUCAAGAUCCAAUAGUUAUUGUGAUCAUGAACAUCCUUGAUGAUCUAGGUGGCCCUACAGUUGUACGAAGCCAUUCCACCAAAAGUGCUUUGGGGAAAAUUUGGCACAAGGCUUUAUCUUUGCCCCUAUAAAUAUCAUUUUUCCACACUAAUUUUUAUUUGUUAUGUUUUUGCUCAAUAAUCCUUUGUAAGUCAUUACAGGAUUUAGAGAUAUAUCAAUUUUGUUACUGUGCUAUCUUUUUUUUGUUUUGUUGUGUUUAGAACUAAAUGUUUUAGGAUUUGUGUAUACUACCACUAUCUUUUACACAUGUUCAGUUAGUAUGUAAUCAAAGAGGGACAUAUGGAGACAACUUUCCUCU